UCCAUUUCCACUUUCUCUCUCGUCUCUCUCCUUCUUCCACGAAGUAAAAGUAAACAACAACUCAGCGUCAGUUACCAAAAAAAAAAAAAAAAAAACUCAUCACUUUAAUUUCUCUGUUAAACACAUUAAUCAAUAAAUCCGUGAGAUUUUAAUUUUUUUUUCUUUGAUGAAAUGGUGAAGAAAAAAGUACCGGAAUGGCUCAACAGUUCGCUCUGGUCUACAAAUCCUUCUUCCUCCACCACCGCUACCACCGCCGACGACGAUCGCCUCCACCGCUACUCCUCCGCUAAGCUCUCUUCUACUACCGAGGUAACCGAAUCUAUUAUCCAGCCGCCGCUUCCCGUUCCGCCGCCGCCUCCUCCUCCUGCUGUAAAGAGUGAGCAAAUCAGAAGUAGAGAGAAAGAUUCGCGUAAUUCUGGUGUUAGUAGUGCUAAAAAUGAUAAUAAUAUUAGUACUAUAUAUAAUAAUUAUGAUAAUGAUAAUGAUACUGAAGCCUCCGUUACUACUCCGUCUGCUGACGAUAUUUCUAGACAGGCUCAGCUCUUGACCGAGUUGUCGAGGAAGGUUGUAAAUAUGAAGGAAUUGAGGAGAAUUGCCUCUCAAGGGAUACCGGAUGGUGCCGGUAUUCGUUCGACCGUCUGGAAGCUUUUGCUAGGGUAUUUGCCGGCCGAUAGAUCUCUUUGGUCGAGUGAAUUAGCUAAGAAGAGGUCUCAGUACAAGCAUUUUAAAGAUGAACUGUUAAUGAAUCCUUCAGAGAUUGCAAGGAGGUUGGAGAAAUCUACAGGGUCCGAGAACGACGAGUCAAAAGGUGAAAAUCGUUGUGCGCUUUCAAGGUUAGAAAUAACCCAUGGAGAGCAUCCUUUGAGCCUUGGCAAGACUAGCGUCUGGAAUCAAUUCUUCCAGGAUACAGAGAUCAUAGAGCAAAUUGAUCGAGAUGUCAAACGUACUCAUCCAGAUAUGCACUUCUUUUCUGGGGACUCGUCUUUUGCAAAAUCUAAUCAGGAUGCCUUGAGAAAUAUACUAAUUAUAUUUGCCAAGUUAAAUCCGGGUAUAAGAUAUGUUCAAGGGAUGAAUGAAAUUCUCGCGCCACUUUUCUAUGUAUUCAGAAAUGACCCAGAUGAGGAAAUGGCUGCUUGUGCCGAAGCAGAUACAUUUUUUUGUUUUGUCGAGUUAUUGAGUGGAUUCCGGGAUCAUUUCUGUCAGCAACUAGAUAACAGUGUUGUUGGAAUUCGUUCCACAAUUACAAGGUUGUCACAACUUUUGAAGGAACAUGAUGAGGAACUUUGGCGCCAUCUUGAGGUUACGACCAAGGUCAACCCCCAGUUUUAUGCGUUUAGGUGGAUUACUCUUCUCUUGACUCAGGAAUUCAAUUUCGCAGAUAGCCUCCACAUUUGGGACACACUUCUUAGCGACCCUGAGGGUCCUCAGGAGACUGUACUUCGAAUAUGCUGUGCGAUGUUAGUCCUUGUCCGGAGGCGUCUGCUAGCAGGGGAUUUCACUUCGAAUCUGAAGCUACUCCAGAACUAUCCGCCAUCAAACAUCAGCCAUUUGCUAUAUGUAGCAAAUAAGUUGCGCACACAACCAUCAGGCUAAUUGAUCUUACCACUCUUUCUUAGUCUCUUUUUAUCAGUCUCUCUCCCUCUUAUUUUGUGUUUGAAAAUUCGUUGAUUGUAAAUUACUUGGUAUAUAUGUUGGUUGAUGUUAACAGCUAACAUGAGGGGAGUUUCUCCUAUUUUCUUCUUUUUUAUUCGUUCCAUGCAUCUUUUGAUAUAGUUUUUUUUCUUCUUUAGUUCUGUAUUCUAGGUCGGGAUAGUGAACUGUUAUUCUAUCUUGUAUUUUGGAAAUUUAUAGGUUUUGUA